UCCGGUUCUAUCGUCUGUCAAGUCAGCGCGUUGGAGGUCGGUGUUGCCGGCGGAGCGAGUGUGCGAUCGGUAAUCAGCUGAGAGCUCUGCUAUGACAGUUCAUGGGGGAACACACAAACAAGCCUGCCUUCAUGAAGUUGGGUAAUCCGCAACGGGUGUUAGUGUGGGUAUGGCGACCAAGGUGGUGUAUUUCUUGAUCGACGGACGAGAGGAGCAAGCGGAAUUCCGCAGUGAUGACGAAAGUGAAGAUGUACGAGAGACGUUCAGGGCUGCUGCGGAGGCGGGGCCGAGCGAUAUCCUAAAGCUGUACAACACCAGGGGCAAUCUGGUCAACAUCUCACACGCCCUGCAGUGUAACACCCCGGACAGCCGCUACACCCUGGAGGUGGUCGCCAUGAACUACAACGCCUCAUCUUUGGCCAGCAUAGCAGAAGGAAUAGCUCGCAAGGAUGGGUCUUUAGCUGCCAAGAUUGGUUUGGACUUAGAGACCAUCGAGGCAAGAUUGGAAGAGGUGGAAAAGAAAGUCUAUGUGGAUAAUGGGGAGAUGCCACAUACGAUAGUUGACCUCAAGAAAAAAGUUGAACAUUUUAAAGAAAAGUUAGAGGGAGUUGAACAUUUAAGCUGGCUUGGUUUAUUCAAAGACAUGUCAAGUGGAACUUCACGGCCAUUUUGGGAUAGACGAAACAGUCAGGAGAAAAUGGAUUCUUACAAGCAGCGAGUUUAUGAAAAAUUUAUGUGCAUGAGCAAGGUUCAAGUUACAGAAGAAGUGCAGCAGGAACUAAAGAAACCCACAUUUGACAACUGGCAGUGGGAUGAUUCAGAAAUGUUAAUUCUCUUGCGGCAGAUGUAUGUUGACCUUGGGCUAGUCUCUCGAUUCAACAUUCAGAUGCCAACAUUACUGAGAUGGCUGUUUAAAGUAUACACUAAGUAUAACCAUGUUCCUUUCCACAACUUCAAGCACUGUUUCAUGGUGAGCCAAAUGAUGUAUGGCCUGGUCUGGUUAAUGGACUUGCCAUCCAAGCUGGAUCCAUUGGAGAUUCUGAUUUUGCUGACAUCUGCCAUCUGCCAUGAUCUGGACCACCCAGGCUACAAUAACGCAUACCAGAUCAAUGCACGCACUGAACUGGCUUUGCGCUACAAUGACAUUUCCCCUUUAGAGAACCAUCACUGUGCUGUGGCAUUUGAAAUUUUAGAGUCCAAAGAAUGCAACAUCUUUGCACACCUUCCACGGGAACAGUUUCGGCACAUUCGUGAAGGGAUGAUAAGAUGUAUUCUAGCCACAGACAUGGCCAAACACAACGAGAUCCUGAAUACCUUCAAAUCUUUGCUUCCUCACUUUGACUUUACUGACAAGGAACACAGAGCAGUGAUAAUGAUGGUGCUCAUGAAAACAGCUGAUAUCUCCAAUGAAGCAAGGCCACUUGAUGUAGCUGCACCCUGGCUGGAUUGUCUUUUAACUGAGUUUUUUAAUCAGAGUGACAUGGAGAAGUUGGAGGGCCUGCCAGUCGCACCCUUCAUGGACCGUGAUAAGGUCACCAAACCAUCAUCUCAGAUAGGCUUUAUCAAGUUUGUCCUUCUUCCCCUCUUUGAGGCAGUUGGUGAGCUGUUUCCACAAAUUGAUGGUGAGGUGAUAGACCCAGUGCGACGAGCACUGGAAUAUUACACAGACAUGCAGAAAGCACUUGAAGAGGGAAAAAAGAAAGAGAAAGAGAAAGAUACAGGCCCCAAACAGAAUGGAAUCACAAGCAAGUAAAAGAUGGUAUGGUGUCUACACUGGCCUCUGGACUCUGCUGGCAGAUCUUUGGUGGUUCAGUUUGCUGCGCGUGAAACAAACAAGACAUGGACUUGUGUCCACUUUCUUAUGGAGGUGGAAAUCAGGGACUUCACAUGCACAUCAGUCUUGUGAUUGAGAAGCAGCUGUUACUUUUCUUGGUGCCACAAAGCUGAAGGAUUAAAAACUUUGAAGGUUAAGAGUUGCUGGAGAGAGUGAAGGAUCAUAAACAAGGUGAAAAUGCAUUUUUUUUUCCAGGUUGUCUUGUGAAAUGUUAAGUGGCAUCAUUUGAAAUGGCAGGAAAGAUGGUGUUGCGGAUCGUGGGUAAAGCCUGCAAGGCUGUGCUGACUCAGGGUGCUGGUAUCUGCUGUGUACACAGCAAUUCUUUUCCUCAUAAAAAUGUUUCGGAUAUAGUAGAUCUCAAACAAUAUCAAGACUGUGAAGAAAGGGGUGUGAAGUGACAGCACUGUGAACAAAGUGAGUCGCACGUAAUUAAAAAUCGGCUAAAGACAUUCUUCCUAUAGACCAGAAUGGCUACAGUCUGCUUGUGUUCUGCUGGAUGAAACUGGUGAGGUGUGUUACAUGCUCACAUUGACGAGACAUGGAGCACACCUGGGGCAGUCUGCUUUUAUUUUAGACAGAACAUCAUCUGGCAUACUUCAGAAUUGACGUGGGAUAUGAUUGUAAGCUGUGUGAAACAGUCAACACAGGACUUGAUGCUCACUGUUGGCAAAGAGAGGGAGUUUAACCUUGUAGUGCCAGUUCUCUUUGGUCCCAUGGACACUUGAAAAUCUGCAACACUGGACAAACCUGCACAGCUCUAAAACUAUUUGCGUGGACAACUGUUUCAUUGAAACUCAAUUAGAAGUAUUUAUUUGUAGGAUGAAAAUGUACCUGCCAAGUGUAAAGUGUUGCAGUGUCUGCUACUAGGUAAUGAGCAUAUUUAUCAUCCACCAAGUGUGGAAGUAUUUUCAAGAGACAGCUAGGACUGGGGAGAGAGGUCUGCUGUACCUUGGAUUUUUUGUAGCAUAAUUACAAUUAUUCAUUCUUGUGUUGACCUCCUGCAUUCAGUGUAACAACAGGUACAUGUUGAAGUACUGAAUGGUCACUCAGAGCCUGUUGUGAUUAUUCUGUCUGUUGAAGUAAGCUGGAUGAUGUAGUUCUGAGGAUAUUCUCAUGACAGGACUUACUACAUUCAGCAGGUAGAGUCUGUAUUUCAGUUCAUAACGCAGGACUAAUCUUUCAAGAGGUGCCCGAGGAUGCAAUAGAGCCAGCUGUGCAUUGUGCAUAUGCUAUGCCAUGGAGUUUAAAAAGUAAUCAUGAUUAUCUAGAAUAAUUAUAAUUGCUUCAAGUGUCCAGGUUUGAAGUGGUUUACAACACCAUUUGUGAAUUAAAUCCAUGUGCUUGCUCAAGAUAUUAAAAGUACACACCAGUGCACAUGCUAUUGAUAUUACAUAAUGUUUUCCUUGUUCUAAUUUUAGCUGAAAGUGUAGUGCCUGUGUAUGCUGUCAAAAGUUACCACAGGGCUGACAAUAUGUUGUUAUCCAUCAGGAAAAAGUGUAGAAUUUAAAUGGAUUCAUUCCUGUGAGUGUUGUUUUGCCCACUUAUGUCCUCUUCGGAUGCAGGUAAACAGCUUUUGUUUCUUGCUGAGCAGUAUAUUAUUUUAUCAGAACUGUAUCUGAAGUAACUGCUUCUGUUAAGGUGAUGAAGCUGUUUUCUAGUGCUGACAUUUCUCUUUUCUGACAUGGUGUUAAGCCGCAGCAACCACCUAAAAAAAUCAGAGCUGAAUCCUUUAGUUUGCUGGUUGUCAUAAACAAUAUCCUAUGGGGAAAAAAGUCUGCUCUGCCACUUUUCCUUCUUGUGGCAGGUCCUCAUUGUACAGUGAAAGCUUCAUCGUAAGCUGUUAAUGCUUCACGCUCUCCAGUCAUGUUUGCAUUAGAUUUCAAGGUAAUAUUUUCUUUUAGUGCUCAGUCCUGCAGAAACGACAGUGUCAAAUUCAUUUUUUAAAUGCUGAUAUUGUCCUCAUCACUGAGAUCUGAUUAAAACCUGUCAGUUGCAUGCUGAUGGAUUUUUGUCCUUGUUAAAACAUUCACUGAAAGAGUUCAUUUUUUAUUUCUGUAUCUGAUGGUAACUUCAACACCUUUGAACUCUGCCAGCCGAGAAUGACUCGCCUAGUCCCAUCCAUUGACUACCUACUAAUAGAACGGCAAGCAUCUGAACUCUGGAUUUUAACCCUCUGAGCACUGAUUAAAAGUAUUACAAAGACUGGCUAAUAACUGAAGACUGUGAAGACAACAGUGGGUGAAGUUUGUCAUUAUUGCUGCUCUCGGGUAAACAUCUAGACAAAGAAAACAUUUUUGGAAAG